AUGGCGAAAAGGUUACAACCACCAUGGAGUCCACCGGUGCGUAAGGGGACUUCUGUUCUACGUUUAUACAAUAGUUUAACUCGUCAAAAGGAAGAAUUUAUGCCACAAUAUGGUAAUCGAGUUCUAUGGUACUCUUGCGGUCCCACAGUUUAUGAUGCCUCACAUAUGGGUCACGCGAGAUCGUACAUAACCUUCGAUAUUCUUCGCCGGGUUCUUUCCGAUUACUUUGGCUUCGAUGUUUUGUACGUGAUGAACAUUACGGACAUUGACGAUAAAAUAAUAAAACGAGCAAAGCAGAACUACUUGUAUGAAAAAUACGUGGCGGAAAAGCACAGUUUGGGCAAGGUUCUUCAAGAUGCGAAGUGCAUGCUUUCAGCAAUUGAAAAUUCCAUAACCUCUACAAAUGACAAUGAUAAAAAGUCCAUGUUUGAGAAGAUGUUGAUUCGAGUUCAGUCUUCUAUUGAGAAUCUCGAGAAGGCUGUCAAAUCCAGUGAUGAAGAAAAGAUCAACGAAUGUCAGAAGAUUUUGUUGAAUGAUGCGCGCGAUCCGUUGUCAGAUUGGUUGGACAAAAAAAGUGGAAAUUCAGUGACGGAACAGUCAAUUUUUCGGAAGCUAUCUGAACACUGGGAGUCUGAAUACCAUAAAGACAUGGAAGCUCUAAAUGUUUUGCAACCAAAUGUAUUGACGAGAGUAAGCGAGUACGUUCCAGAAAUUAUAGAUUUUAUAGAAAAAAUUUUAGAUAAGGGUGUCGCUUACGAAAGCAAUGGUUCGGUUUACUUCGACGUCGGGGGCUUUGACAGACGAGAUAAGCAUCACUAUGCUAAACUCGUACCAGAAGCUUAUGGCGACACAACGAGUUUGCAUGAUGGAGAAGGCGAUUUAUGCAUAUCAAAAGAUCGUCUAAUGGAAAAGAAAUCACCAAACGAUUUUGCACUCUGGAAGAGUUCGAAGGAAGGCGAGCCUUGGUGGGAUAGUCCGUGGGGUAAAGGUCGUCCUGGUUGGCAUAUUGAGUGUUCGGUGAUGGCGAGUGCAAUCUGCGGAGAGAGCUUGGACAUUCAUACGGGUGGGAUCGAUCUCAGAUUUCCACACCACGAUAAUGAACUUGCUCAGUCUGAAGCGUAUUUUGGCAACUCGCACUGGGUCCGGUACUUCCUUCACUCUGGACAUCUCACGAUAUCAGGCUGCAAAAUGUCUAAGUCGUUAAAGAAUUUCAUCACGAUUCAAGAAGCACUUAAAAAUCACAGCUCAAGGCAACUGCGGCUGGCUUUUCUUCUCCAUUCUUGGAAGGAUACGCUUGAUUACAGCGACAGUACAAUGGAAAUUGCGGUCCAGUAUGAGAAAUUCAUCAAUGAAUUUUUCCUGAAUGUUAAGUGCAGAAUCAGAAACAUCGGCUCAGCUUCUAUUGUAAGCACCUUCAGUAAAUGGAACAAUGCGGAAUUAGAACUUAGCAAGAAAUUUACCACAGCAAAAGAUGGCGUCCACAUUGCACUCUGUGACAACAUCGAUACGAGGACGGUCUUGGAAACGAUCAGAGAUCUCGUUGCAUAUUGCAACAUAUACAUGAAGGACAUUGAGAAUCCCAACACGCUUUUACUUCGAGAUGUCGCUGUUUAUUUAACGAAAAUUUUUACCAUUUUUGGAGCCAUUUCUGAUUCACAUAACGACAUCGGAUUCCCAGUCAAUAGCGAAACAGUUAAUUUGAACAUGGAGAAGAUGAUAAUGCCCUACUUGAAUGUUUUGGCUGAUUUCCGCAGCAAAGUUCGCGACCAUGCGAGAUUAGCCAAAGCAGCGGAUAUAUUGGAAGAGUGUGACAGGAUUCGAGACGAAGUUUUGCCCAAUUUUGGUGUUCGUCUAGAGGACGGUGAUUUUUGUAGCGUGAAACUCGUCGAUAAGGAAGAUCUUAAGCGAGAGAAAGAGGCAAAAAAGCGUCUCGAAGCGGAAAAAGUGUCAGAGAAAAAUAAGAAAAAGGCGAAAGAAGUUGCGGCUGCGGCUGUUAAAGAAGCUCUGAGGAAAGUACCGCCGUCAGAAUUAUUUAGGAAAGAGUCUUAUAAGUACUCCAAGUUCGACGACAACGGUUUGCCGAUGCUGGAUGCCGAAGGUAAAGAAAUCAGUAAGGGUCAGUUAAAAAAACUACAAAAAAUGCAGCAAGUACAAGAGAAAAGGUAUAACGAGUACCUUACGAGUUUGUGAGGGUGUCUCGUAGUUCAUGUAUUUAGGAAAUAAAAAGAUUAAAGAAAAAACUUU